CUGGUCCAUAAAUCGCUGUGUCUGUAGAAAUCAGUGAUAAACUGGCAGAAGAGAACGAGCUGCGGACAAACACACUGAGCAUCCUUUAUCAUUACCAGCACAAUGAGGGAAAUUGUACAUAUUCAGGCCGGGCAGUGCGGUAACCAGAUUGGUGCCAAGUUUUGGGAGGUGAUCAGUGAUGAACACGGCAUUGACCCCACUGGCAGUUACCAAGGUGAUAGUGAUCUGCAGCUGGAGAGGAUAAACGUUUACUACAAUGAAGCAUCUGGAAACAAAUAUGUCCCUCGUGCCAUCCUGGUGGACUUGGAGCCUGGCACCAUGGACUCUGUACGCUCCGGCCCAUUUGGACAAAUCUUCAGGCCAGAUAAUUUCGUAUUUGGUCAAAGUGGAGCUGGGAACAAUUGGGCUAAAGGCCACUACACAGAGGGAGCAGAGCUGGUAGACUCAGUGUUGGAUGUGGUACGGAAAGAGUCGGAAAACUGUGACUGUCUGCAGGGCUUUCAGCUCACACACUCCUUGGGUGGAGGCACCGGGUCUGGCAUGGGUACCCUACUCAUCAGCAAGAUCCGAGAAGAGUACCCCGAUCGGAUCAUGAACACCUUCAGUGUCAUGCCUUCUCCGAAGGUAUCAGACACAGUUGUGGAGCCAUACAACGCUACACUAUCUGUUCACCAACUGGUAGAGAACACGGACGAGACUUUCUGCAUUGACAACGAAGCGCUCUACGACAUUUGCUUCCGCACGCUAAAACUCACCACUCCAACUUACGGCGACCUGAACCAUCUCGUCUCUGCAACCAUGAGCGGGGUCACCACCUGCUUGCGAUUCCCGGGUCAACUUAACGCUGACCUCCGCAAGCUGGCAGUCAACAUGGUGCCCUUCCCUCGCCUUCACUUUUUCAUGCCUGGCUUUGCCCCGCUGACAAGCCGUGGAAGCCAACAGUACCGCGCCCUUUCUGUCCCAGAGCUAACCCAACAGAUGUUUGAUGCCAAAAACAUGAUGGCAGCAUGUGACCCCCGCCACGGUCGCUACCUCACAGUGGCGGCCAUCUUCCGUGGACGCAUGUCCAUGAGGGAGGUGGACGAGCAGAUGCUUAACAUUCAGAACAAGAACAGCAGCUAUUUUGUGGAAUGGAUCCCAAAUAAUGUGAAAACGGCAGUUUGCGACAUUCCACCUCGUGGUCUCAAAAUGUCCGCCACCUUCAUCGGCAACAGCACAGCCAUUCAAGAGCUGUUCCGCAGGAUUUCAGAGCAGUUCACCGCCAUGUUCAGACGCAAGGCUUUCCUGCACUGGUACACUGGCGAGGGAAUGGAUGAAAUGGAGUUCACCGAGGCAGAGAGCAACAUGAACGACUUGGUCUCCGAGUACCAGCAGUAUCAAGAUGCAACCGCCGAUGAAAUGGGAGAAUAUGAAGAGGACGAUCUUGAAGAUGAGGAAGAUGCUCGCCAAGAAGGUCGCCAUUAAGACAGCAGCUAAUAGUUGCACAGUUUUCAUCACAUUUUAUUUUGAAAACCAUGGCUUUUAGUACAUUUCAAAUAGAACAGCAACGAGAAUGACUACUUUUACAUGUACACCAAUAAUGUGAUUAUUUCCAAUAAUCAGAGUAAGGACUUAAUCGCAGUAAAAUGUUUACAUGUAUACAGGAAUGAAGAGGUUUGCUGGCCACCAUUUUAAUAUAUUUACGUUAAGCGACAAACACGUUCCUAUGGACGUAUUUGGUUAUUCGAACACAGAAGUAUUAUGACAAUGCCUGUAAGUUUUACUGUAUAUGCUGCUGUUGCGUUCUUUGUGCCGUUUCUGUAUGAACGUCCUAAUGUGAAGUUUAAAAUGAAUUCGCACUUAAGGAGGGUAACAAAAACACAAAUCGCACUUCAUUUGUUGCGGUGUACUGUAGAUGUGAUCAAAGUAUUUACAUGGCCGUGUAUUGCGAUUAAAAUGUCAUAUGCCACUUUUAAUACAUUUAUACUUGCCGUUAUUAUUAGCGUAAUCGCAUUAUUUGAUUGAAGUAUUGUGUUAACAUGAGAUGAAGUCUAACUGCAAAAUUUCCAAAAUCUCAAUCGCAUUAUAAGUGUGCAUGCAAACGUAGUCAAUGCUGCUACUUCAUAUUUCAAAAGGUGCUACCGAGUACAAUUGAGGCUGGAAGUCAUUCUAUCAACAGCAACAUCCGUCUGGUUUGUGCGAAUAGUAUACUGCAAAAAGUGAUUUGUAACACUUUAAACGCCAAAUGUCAUGUGAAAAAUUUCAAUAAACGAGUCACUAAUUACC